AUGACUGAUUGCUACAGGCCUGCUAUCAUUGUUCAGGCCAGUACGCUGUUGUGUAGGGCAGUUGCUGUGCAACAGUUCUGCUGUUUGCUCUGCUGCAGUGCUGCUGUAAUCUGCUGCAGUGCUGCUGUACUCUGCUGCAAUGCUACUUUCCUCUGCAUUUAUGUUGUUUUGUUGGCAGGGUCGUUGUUGUUGUCUACUUCAGCCUGGUUGCUUAGUUCAGCUAGUGUUUCUGCUGAGUGUGGUUUGUUUGCUGCUGGCUAUAUCAUUCAAAGUUGCAUUUUGUCUGUCUAUUCAGUAGAGGAUGUUCUUAUCAGAAGCUUUAUUGUUCCAUGUAAUUACAGUAUAGAAGCCUCAUUUUCUCCUGAGUGUAAAGUGUUAGGGUUCAGUCGUCAGCUAGCACAUUUAAUGUCUGACAUUCUGGAGAAAAUGGUUCUUCCCAAUGGGUCUGCACAACAAUCUUCUAUGGUAAGAUCUAAACGCGAGUACGUACCACCUCUUAUGCUGGCAAGGGGUCGUGGUAAGAGGUUAGCUGAUUUGUAUUCUUCCAAAACAAAUGUUGAAACCAAUGCCUCCAUUGGAAAGGAGAGUAACCUCCCUAGUCAUCCUGCUAACAAUUUUUUACCAUCAAAGAAACGCCAUCUUGCUCAUUCUCAAGCUCGCACUGAUUCUGUCAUAUUAAACAAAAAUGAUAUAUCUUUUGUUGAUCCCUUAAUGGUUUCCAGUCGUCGUUGUUAUGGUCCUAAUGCAGAAAGUCAUUAUUUAGAUGAAGAUAUACAAUUCGAAAGAGACUUUGUAGAAUAUGCUUCUGAUGAGAACGAGGCUGAGAACGAGGUUGAGAACGAGGCUGAGAAUGAGGUUGCCAAUGAUAAUGAACAUGGUGAUAAGUUUGAUACGAGAAUUCAUGAGGAUGUCAAUGAUAAUGAUCAUGGUGAUGAACCUCGUGAGAACAUUCAUGACAAUGUCAAUGAUAAUGAAAUGGAGAUAUCUCCGACCAACACUAUUCAAGAGGAUGCAAAUGGUGGUGGUCAAUCUACUACAAAGAAGAAAGCUGAUAAUGAAAAAAGGAGGGGAAGAAACAAGUGUAAAAAGAUUGCUAAACUGAAACCUAAUGAGAAGCUGCAAAUUCAAUUCUUUAACAAUCGGGCAGUAGGGGAUAAUCACAAUGUGUUUGCCAGACAUCUUGGUAUUAUAGUACGAAAUACUAACAUGUGUCCGGUCAAAGUGCACAAAUGGGCAGAUAUUGGAGACAAAGAAAAAGAACACAUGUGGGCAGCAGUCACGGAUUCCUUUACUAAUGAAAAUAUGGAGGCCUACAAGGAGCAUGUUUUGGACCAUAUGAAGGAGUUGUGGAGAAAAUGGAGGUCAGACUUGUUAAGGUAUAAAAUCAUUCAUAAGAAACUCACCUUAAAAGCUGCAUACAACGCUUCUCCACCUGAUGGGCUUAAUAAGAGUGAGUGGCAGUGGCUUAUUAAGGAGAUUUUUUCAAAGCGAGAAUUUAAGGAAAGAAGUGCCAGGAACUCUAAUAAUCGGGCUCAGUAUCUUAAAGAGUUAAUGCCUCGAACUGGGAGCAAGCCUUUUAGGCAAGUCAUUUGGGAUGAUUUGGGAGGAAAUAAUGGGAAGAAGCCGAGUUUGGUUGAUGUAUUCUACUCCACUCGAAAGAAAGGAACUCAGCUUCCAAAUGCGGAGACAACGCAAAAAUAUGAAGAACUUCGGGAAACAAUGGCAAAGGAUCCAUCACUUUCUCAAGUCGAGGUAGUACAACAAGUUUUUAAAUCAAAAUCUCGAGAUAGGGUUGUAGGUUUUGGAGGAGGAAUAAAGCUUAAAGAUGUAAGGGGACCACAACCCAGUAGAGUAGAGCUUCAAACUAAAUUGAAUGCUGCCAACAAACAUAAUGAAGUUCUUGCAAAUCGCGUGGAGGAAGUACAAGCCGAGAACAAUGAAAUGAAGGAACGUGUUAGCUUGGUUGAGUCUAGAAUGAAAAUGUUUCAAGAUGCAUUGGUGUCGCAACUUAAUGUUACUAUUCCAACUUCACAAGCAGGAUCAGAAAUGCAAGAAUAGGUCGAAGCUGCUACACAUCAGUUUUAGAUAUUUGGUGCAAAUUUUCUUACUUUUUUUAAGAACAAGGAAUCAUUGAGAUUUAAUUCUUAGUAUGGACCAAGUUAUAUAUUUGACGUUAUUAGUUUGUUUUGACUCACAUUGAAUUUGUUUAUUAUAAAUCUUUUGUAAUUGAUUACGUUAAUUAAUAUAAAUUUAGUGUAAUAUUCUAUA